AUGGCCUGGGGACGGCGCAGGGACACGGGCUGGGACCGGGGGAUUGGCUGCGGGGAGCGCUGUAAUGGGAUCGGCUGGUCAGCCCCCCUGUCCAGGGUGGCCCCUCCUUUCCGGCUGCCCCCCCGGACCUCCCAGCCGCCAGGGGGCGCUCUCCGCUUCCAGCAAAUCGCGGCUCCCUCCCCCGGUCUGGCGGCAGCACUUCCGGCAGCGCUGCCGCCGCUCACUUCCGCUUCCGCUGCUUCCCCCUCGCUGCCGCCGCGGAGCCCGGGAGAGCCGCGCGCGCUCGGGAGGCUUCCGGUUCCAUUUCCGCUUCCGGUGCGGCGGCCGGGCCGGCUGAGGCAAGAGAAGCGGCGGCAGCUCCGGACCCUCCUGCGCUCCCGGAACGGGCUCUUCCCUCUCCCGCUGCCCUCACACCCGACUCCGCCACCACUGGGCCUUUUCCCGUGCCCGGUCCUGCCGCUGCCCGGGGCCGAGGUGGCGGCGCUGCCCUCCAUGAGGAUGGAGGCCCGGGAGGUGGCGCGGGCCCGGCCCGGCCCGGCCUUCAAGGGUUUCGGCGCCGAGAGCAAGUUUUUCCUCCCCAAACUCAGCAGCUUCUCCUGCCCUGCUGGGAACUCCUCCUGCUCCCUCAGCUACACCCCAGAAAUUCCUGAAAGAUUCCCAGGAGCCAACGGGCAGUGGAGGACCUCCAAGCCCAGGGGGAGCCGAGGCUCCUUCCUGGAAACCCGUAAAAAUUCCAGCGGGAACCCCAGCACUUUUGGGGGAAAAUCCGCCCUCCAUGGAGCCUCCUUCCCCCUGAAGCCGGCCCCGAGCCCUUCCUGGAGCCGCCGCAGCCCCAAGAAGGCCCCGCGGCGCUUCUUGAGCGCGGCCGAGGAGACGGUGCGGGAGGAGGAGCGGGAGAUUUACCGGCAGCUGCUGCAGAUGGUGACUGGGAAGAGGUUCUCCAGCUGCAAACCCUCCCCGCUGCUCCCCUUCCACCUCUCCCGCUGUCCCCGUUCCGGCCCCUCCCUGCCCCAGGAGGCUCCCAGGGAUGAUCCCGAGGCACUGGAAAUUCACAAAAUUCCAGCUCCUGUUCCACAUUCCCCGGAGCCACCCCAGAAUUCUCAAAAUCCCCCCCUGGGCCCCUCUCCAGGGUUUCCUGGUGAGUUCCAGCCCCGGAAUUCUGCGGCUCCGCACCAGCAGGAGGAGGAGCCAGGAGCUGAGGCACAGAGUGAAGGGUCAGAUUCUGUCAUUUUGCUCAAGGUCAAGGAUUCCAGAACUCCGGCUUCAAGCCUCCCCUUUUUCCAGGCUGAGCUAUGGAUCAAAGAGCUGACCAGUGUCUAUGAUUCCCGAGCCAGAGAGAGGUGGAGGCAAAUAGAGGAGCAGAAAGCUCUGGCCCUGCAGCUCCAGAGCCAGCGGCUGCAGGAGCAGGAGCGCUCGGUGCAGGACCUGGUGGAUCUGCACCUGCGCGUGCCCCUGGAGAAGGAGAUCCCGGUGGCCGUGGGGCCCGAGGGGCUGGAGCGCGCCCGGCCCGGCCAGGGCGACGAUGACUUCCCCGAGAUCACCGAGGAAAUGGAGAAGGAAAUCAAGAGCCUUUUCCGAGGAGGGAACCAGGAUGAGGUGCUGAGCGAGGCUUUCCGCCUGACCAUCACCAGGAAGGACAUCCAGACCCUCAACAACCUCAACUGGCUCAACGACGAGAUUAUAAAUUUCUACAGGAAUUUGCUGAUGGAGAGGAGCAAGGACAAUUUGCCUGCAGUCCACGCCUUCAACACCUUUUUCUUCACCAAAUUAAAGACUGCAGGGUACCAAGCUGUGAAAAGAUGGACAAAAAAAGUGGAUAUUUUCUCUGUGGAUCUGCUCCUGGGCCCUCCACAGGGAGUGCACUGGUGCCUGGCUGUCGUGGAUUUCAGGAAAAAAAACAUCACCUACUACGAUUCCAUGGGAGGGAUCAACAGUGAGGCCUGCAGGAUCCUGCUGCAGUACCUGAAACAGGAAAGUUUGGAUAAGAAAAGGAAGGAAUUUGACACCAACGGAUGGGCCCUGCUGAGCAAGAAGAGCCAGGAGAUCCCGCAGCAGAUGAACGGCAGUGACUGCGGGAUGUUCGCCUGCCGCUACGCCGAGUGCAUCUCCAAGGACAAACCCAUCAACUUCACCCAGGUACCCCAGGGGCUGCAAAUGAAAUAAAUUCCACAAUUCCCAUCCUGCAAACCCCCCAGGGCCAGGAAAAACCCCGAAAUUCCAGCGGGAUUUGGGGGAAAUUCCAGCAUUCCUCACCCGAUCCAAGGAAUCCCCACCCUAUUUCCCAUUCCUAGCCACCCUCCCCCCCUUCCAUGGAAUUGUCCCCAAGUCCCUGGAAAAAGCUCCCAAGCCCCAGUGCCAGGGAAAAUCCCAAAUAUUCCCCCCAAAAUCUGAGACAAAUUCCCCAUUCCUCCCCAAAAUUUCAAGGAAUUCCUGGGUAAUUCCCAACCUCCAGGAAUAUCCCUCUUCCCUCCUCCAGCAUUUCCAGAUCCCAGCACUCCCAAAUUCCCUCAGGUCCCAGACCCCCAGGGCCAGGAAAACCCCAAACUUUGCCAAAAUCCCAGCGAAAUCUAGAAUGAAUUCCCCCAUUUUUUGCCUGAAUCCCCAGAAAUUCCCAUUUUUUCCCCCCAUUCCCACGAACCCCAAAGCCCCAAAUUUCCCCCUUUUCCAUUAUUUUCCAUGGGGAAAAAAAAGCCUGAAUCUGCCCCUGGAUGAGCAAACCUGACCAAAAUUCCCAUUUUUUCCCAUUUUCUCCCCCAAAAUUCCCAAAGCAAACACAUGCCCUACUUCAGGAAGAGGAUGGCCUGGGAAAUCCUGCACAGGAAGCUCCUCUGAUGCCAGAAAAAUCCUGAAAUUCCAAUGAUUUGGAUCAGAAGAAUCCCAGGAUUCUCCUGGGGACGCAGCCAAGGAACUCCGGGUCCUGCUCCUCCCAAAACCCCCCGGGAUUCGGGGGGAAUAGAAAAGUUUGGAAGCACAGCUGGGAACUUUUGGAGUUUCUUUCCCUCUUUUUUGAGAUUCCAGGAUGGAUUUUCCCACUUUUCCAUCUGCUGGAUUGGGGAAAUUUGGGAAUUUUGGUCUUUUUGGAGCUGGAUUUUCGGGAAAAGGGAGGAGUCUCUGUGGAUUUGUGUUGGGAAAAUCUGUAUUUGGGAAAAGCAGGGGAAAGGUUUGGUUCUGGAGGGAAUUUUUGGGGAUCAUUACCAUAUUUUCCACCUCAUUCCCAAAGUUUGUGGAUUUUAUCCAUAGGAAAACUUGGAUUGAAUCCCUGGGAAUAAUUCCUGCUUAAAUCCUGUUUUUUCUUCCCAAAUUCCCACUUUUGGGUGAUUUUUCCAGGAUUAAGCUUUGGAAUGUCAGAAUUCCUCUGAAUUUACACCCAAACUUUGGUUUUCCAAGGGAUAAAUCCCAAAACCUGAGCAAAAUCUGGGAUUUUUGGUAAAUUUUUGGGAAUUUUCCUUUCCCUUUCAGGCUGCUUCAUCCCAGCAGCUCCUGUUGCUUUUUCCAGUUGCUUUUCCCACGUUUUCCAUGAAGAAAUCCUCCCCAAAUUGCAGGAACUGCAGAACCAUGGGAAAACCCCCAAAAUCCUGGGAAUUCCUUCCAUUUUUUCCCAAACAAUGCCAGGAUUUAUUUGGGGAGCUUUGCCCACCCCUUUCCCUGGAUUAAUUUAUUCCCAAAUUUUUUGGUCCUUCCCCAAGCCUCUGGAUUUGCUCUUCCUGGUGGAAAAGAUGAUUUUUAAUAAGAAAAGUGGGGGAAAAUCCCAAGUUUUUGUAUUUUCCCUCUCCUGCAGGAGCUGGGAAUUUUUUCUAUUUUUCCCGAGCUGGGAGAUGAAGUUUUGUACCAAAUUCCCAAAUUUUUGGAGCCCCUUUUCCUGGUUUUUCCCAUCCCUUCGUGUCCCUUUGGAUCCCAAAUUCCCUCCCCUGUUUUAUACCAGAUUAAUUUCCUACGUUUUUUAACUUUUAUUGAAAUUAAAGAUCUGAAAAAAAAACUGGAAUUGAGGAAUUUUCCUGCUUUUUGUGCUAGAUAAGAACACAUUUUAAUUAUGAGUUUAUAAAUAUGCGAUAAAUUUAAUUUUUUUUUGCCAACUCCUCAUGUGCUAGGUGACAUUGUUCAGAUGCAGUUGUACAUUUAUUUAUCUGUCUCCAUUCCUGUUCACAGUGGGAAUCUCUG